GAAGUUGGACCCACGAUGAUUGGUGAUGAACAUUCAGAUCCAGACUUGAUGCACUAUCUAGGGGCCACUAAAAGAAACAUGCUGGGGAAUCAUUUGCCAACAAUGUUGAUUCAAAUCUCAUUUUGAUUGAUGUCGACAAUAGGAAAGAAGGAUGAAAGAAGAAUAACCUUUUAAGAAAGUAAACUACUAUAAGGUUCUUACAAAAAGGUGAUGUUAAAAACAGCCGUAUGCCCAGAGUAAACAAAAUACUUGAAGAAAUAGCUGAAAAAUUGUUACUGAAUCCAGGAAAAUUCAGCUUUUUAAUACCACAGAGAGAAGAUAAGAUCAAGUUCAAUGGAGAAGCAAAAGAAUUAGACAAAAACAUGGGCAAAGACAACUUAUUUUUUCCUAGUCAUUUGCCAUGUUAUUGGAUGUAAGUCACCACCACUAAAAUUCUAUGUCUUAUUGCCCCAUACUUGUUUCAAUAGGGGAGGAAGAGAAGGGAGGAAGAGACAUUCUAUUUGCAGCCAUUAUGUGGAAUUACAUAAAUCUCUCAUAUUUGGAGCUUGGCCAACAGAACUAAAUUUGCUAGGUGCUCUUUCAUUUCAGUAUCUGUACCUUCUUCCAGUAGCACUCCUGAAGAAAAAAAUCAAAGUGGUUCCAAUGUUCCAUAGAAGCUGAUUUCUCUUGAGGCAAAUACGUGGGCUGAUGCUUCAGUCAUACACACCUAUUUCCUGCAACCUAGGCAAUUAGCUAACAGUAUAAAUCCCAGUUUCUGAUGUGACUGAGUCAGCAAGGGCUCGGCACAGAAUGCACACACAGGAAUUACCACCCACAAAACAUACAAGUGGCUGGGCAAGAAGUGAAAAGUAACACUGAAGGAAAGGUGCUUGAAACAAAGAAAUCUGAAAAUAUGCUAUGAUCUUUCAACUACUGCCAAGGAACGAAACCGCAAUGUGCAUUGAACUGGAUGUGCUUCCUUCUGUGUUCCCCACUUGGCUGCUUUGCUAUUGGUCCAUCUCACCUGAAUAGAAGAAAGGAGUUCACUGACUCCAGGAGCCUCAGUUUACCUGAAGACUAUAGAUCAGUUAGCAAACAUCAUUUUUUACUGCUUCUCUCAACAUGGACACAUGGCGGAGAGGAUCUAUCAGGUCCUCGGGUUUCUUCAAGCGGCUCUCACUCAGGAGGCAUAAGAAACUGGGUGAUCAGGCUAUUUUGAACCAGAACAGCCAAACAUUAGACUCCAAUGAACAGUAUGACAAAAAGAAGUUCCUAAGAAAUUUUAAAAAAAAGUCAGACUAUUUUUCAUGUCAAAGUGAACAAAACCUUGCCACUAAAACACAGCCGCCCCCCAAACCACCUCGCUUGUAUCUAGACAGUGCCAGCUGCCCCAACAUAAUAAACGACAGAGCAUCUUCCUCUAUGGAAAUCUCCUUUUUAAGCACUUCCUGCUAUUUUCAUAAGGCUACUCAAACACCGCCAGACCUAUUUGACAAGGACCAAACAGUGAACUCUGAAAUUCUCUCCAAGCACAGUAAGCCUCCCCUUGAUCCAUCAGACCCUCUCUUUUCCUUCACACUAGACUUGGGGCCCUCACUCCUGGACGAUGUUUUACAAACACUCAGAAAACAGAAUUUACUAUUAAGUUAACUGUAAUCCCUUGGUUUUAGUGAGAAUUCAUCAUACUGGCUCUUCUGAUUCAUGGACUAAGUUACUUUUGGUUCUUUUUAAAAUGGGCCCUUUCCCAUAAGAAAACUGUGUCAUCUCUUAGAACUUAUUAAUUAAUCUUCCUUUUCUAUUUCAUUUUGAUGAGCAGGCAAUAUACUUGCUAUAUUUGGACCAAUCAGAAAUCCUACAGCAUAUAUGCAUGUGCAAGAGAAUGGGUGGUUUUGGCAGGAGGCUCUGUAUCUUAUGGAAUGUAUGGAUUUGUUUGGAUAAAAUAAUCGUAAAUAUCUCAGAGGCCAGCUGUUGUACAUAAGGCUACUUGAGACAUAGACGGCAAGAGUCCUGAUCUAUCAAUAAGUGAAAUGGAAACUCUGAAUAGGUUUAUCUUCCUUUGUGCCAAUACAGAGUUUUUCUAAUUUCUUCCUUCAAUAUGGGGGGAUGGAAUUAUUUUAAUAACUGCAUCUGCAUCAUACUAUGAAUAUAAAAUGUGAAAGAGAAAGUAUAUACCAAUCUUCAUUAAACCAAUUUAUAUUA